UGUGCGACGAUCACCACAUGGGCAACAGCCGCACAUUGUAUCCGCGCGACGCAUGUAUUUCGCUGCCAUCGAUCCGGCUGUCUACUCCCGCGUAGCUAAAUAUUUAGAAAGACAUACUUGAGUGCGGUUUGCGGUUUAUGUUAUAAAUAAACCUGUAUGCAGCAACACAUCAGCCGACACUGUUUACAUUUUUUUGCCAGCCCGGUACCGCUUCCGCCGGUUGUCAAGCCAAUAUGCAGCAGAUCGGCUUGAGAUCAUCAUUGAUCAGACUACUUAUCUUUUUCCGCCAGAGUGCCUGCUUCUCUUUCUUCCAGACGUGUACAUACUUCCGUGCUGUCUUGCGGAUUUUUAUUGAUUCACAAUCAGAAAUGUUCGUUCAUUCGAAAUCGAACGCUUUAUACCGUUGGCCGGUUGGCGGUAAUUUAUAUGUCGAUAUAUUGUUCAAUGAAUUUGCCAUUUCAUUACAGUAUUGAGAGCUAAAGUUAUAAAGUUCCAACGUCUUACAUAUUCCGUUUGUUUGUUAAAAUGUCAACUGCUGCCGAUGCCGAUCAGGAACGAUGUGGUCAGCUCUUUAGUCACGACGUUCAGACGAAGACGGCUGGACUUUGCUCGGAAAGAUUGUAUCGAGACCUCCAAAACUAAAGUCGCUGUUCGCUUUGCCGUUUGUAUGACUAUUUUCGGGCUGAUAUACCUCUGUUUUGCCAAUACCAGGCCAACUAAAAAUCAACUAACGGAACGUCGUAUAAUAUCGUUCGACGACUCCUUCCGCCAAAGCAGCGAUUCUCAACCGCAGCCAGCUACUAAGAAAACCGUCAACGGUCAAACGCAUCACAUUCUAUUUUGGACUACUUUCUAUGGAGACCAGUAUACCCCCGCGUUACGUCUCUUUCAAGAAGCAGAAACAGGAAUAAAACAAUGCCCAUAUUCGAACUGCAUCGUUUCCAGUAACCGGAGCAAAUUACUAACUAGUGGUGCGGUCGUAUAUCACAUUCGGGAUUUCGCCUUGGAUCAGCUGCCACCGACACGGUUACAUCACCAAUACUACAUUUUUUACGGGCUGGAAUCGCCAGUGCACACGCGCCAGGAUUUCCAACCCGGGUUCUUCAACCUGACCUUCACGUACCGGUUGGAUUCGGAUGUGAUUACGGACUCGUACUUUCAGCACUUUCGUCCGUCGGUGUGGAAGGACAGCCGAGAGUUCGAUGAGGCGCUGCGAAAUAAAACAGGAUUCGCGACGACGUUUGUCUCCAACUGCCAGUGGAUACCCAGUCGACGGGAUUUGUAUAUGACAGAGCUGGCAAAAUAUGUGGAUGUGGAUGUCUAUGGGAAGUGUGGCACGAAGGAGUGCAGCACGGAUACGCCCGAAAUUUGUGAUCGGCUAGUGGCCAAUUACAAGUUUUAUCUGGCUUUCGAAAACAGUAUCUGCAAGGAUUACGUUACCGAAAAAAUCCAUCGAGCCUUAAAUCACGCCGCAGUUCCCGUUGUCUAUGGCGGUGCCAACUAUUUCGCGAUCUUCCCCAAAGACUCCUUUAUAAACGUUAUGGAUUUUGAAAACCCCAAAGCCCUUGCCGAUUAUUUGCUCUUUCUAAACAAGAACCCCCAGGAAUACCGCAAGUAUUUCCAGUGGCGCGUCAGUGCGGCCACGGCCAAAUUAGCAGCCGGACUGGAAGCUCGUAAUCUGUCGUGGUGCAGAAUCUGUACCAUUCUCAACACUAGAAGUCCAAAGAAGAAGGUCGUCACUGAUUUGGGUCGGUGGUGGAAUGGGAAGGUUGGUGUGGUGCCAAGGAUAGAAAAUAAUAAAUGGAAAAUGAAUCCGUCCAUUCCGUCUGUUUAAUUACUGAGCAAUGAGCCACUGCAUUAGCUGUGUUACAUACUCCUAGCUUGUUGGUUUUAGACUGCUUUUUUAUAGCUUGCAACGGCGAAUCUCCAUAGUUCUUAGAAGUUGUAAAUAAACCUAAAGUGACGCUUGCGCUUAUAUCGUGUUUGUGGACUUGCCGCCUUAUGAUUGCAGGAUUUGUUUUAACUUGGCGAAUGCGAUUUUAAAAUGCAAUUAUGAACAAACAAACGUUUG